CACACACACAUAUUCUGGGGGCGGUUUCUGUCUUCUUCCUUCGGCCUCGGGCGUUGGACUCUCCCCUGCAUCAUUUUCCAGCCUGGCUUUACACGCCCAAGCCAGCGCUGCCUUGUUGUGGGUGUAACUCUGAGCAUGUCUCUAACAUACACAUUCCUCCCAGAGUCUGUCCGGUCUCAUGUGACUGCUGAUGUCAUAAUACCCCAUUGUCCCCCCAGACAGGCUCCCUGGAGGGUGGCUGGGUGGCAGGUUCCCAUGCUGGGUUACAAGGGCCUACAGGUGCCCGGUGCCGGGUGGAAUGAAGGAUGAGCUGCCCCUCAUGCCAGAAAUACGCGUGGGGCUGCACUUCUGAAAGGCUGCGCCCCAUCAGACCCAUCCGGGUACAGUGCGACAAUGUGGAGAAAGGGGGAGGCAGUAGGCCCAAUAGAAGGGUGUCCCUUAUAAACCCCAUAGGAACCCAUAAGCAAUCCAGGGGGGAGGCUUAGCUUCUGGUGUGACCCACAGCUCAGGGUGUGUUGCUGGUCCCUGAGCCUGAGCUGGUUAGGGAGCUUUAGCUCAAGUUGUGGAGACUUGUGCUCUACAGGUCACCGGUUCAAUACCUGGUGUUGGGCAAGAGGGUGGGUGGAAUUCCCAUGAUCCAGUGAAGUUGCAGUUAACCACAGGGAAUGGCUGCUGCUCCAGAUGCAGUGUGUAGCAGCAAGGAUGGAAAGUUAGUCCCCGCCGGGGGCUGCACCAUAGCCGCUGCAUGAGAUGAAAUUUUGUAGGUCUCAGUCCACUUAAUUCAAAAGCAUUCACAUCCCAAAUGAGCCACCCUGUCCAUUGGCCUGGCCUGGCCCCUACAUGGGAGUGUCUGGGUGGGGCUGACCGUCCCGGAGCGUCCUGCUGGAGAGGUGAGUGCUGCAGGGUAGGAUUGACGCAUGUUGGCAGGGGGCAUGGCGUGGAGGGGGCUGCCCCAUUCUGCCAUCUCUAGGGUUACCACCCCAACCCCUCUCCCAGGCAGGAGCCCCAGUGAGUUCUUAAAAGGCUGGGCCCGAUGGGUGCCCUGCGAGUGUCUAACCCUAAAUUCUCUCCUGUUCUCUUACGACCACAAGCUGCCCCCUCCGGUGCCGCUGGUACCAGUGGCCCAGAGGCCCCUUGGCCAGCAGGACUGGUACCAUGGCUCGCUCCCCAGACAGGAGGCUCAGGCCUUGCUGACCAGCGAGGGGGAUUUUUUGGUCCGCGCAAGCCAGGGGAGGCCAGGAACCCAUGUCCUGUCUGCGCUGACUGGAGGACAGUGCAGGCAUUUCAUCAUCCAGUGCCAGAAGGGCAGGUACCAGUUUGAGCUUGGAGGCGUGGAGGCGCCCACCAUCCCCUCGCUCAUCCACUACCACCUGCAAUCACGCCAGGUGCUCACCACGAAGUGCCCGUUCCUCCUGCGGAACCCGGUCGCCAAGGCCAAAUGGGACCUGAGCCAUGAAGACGUGGUGCUGGGGGAGCUUCUGGGCUGCGGGAAUUUCGGGGAGGUGUAUAGCGGCCGCCUGUCAUACGACAACACCCCCGUGGCUGUGAAAACCUACAGAGGGCACCUGGCCCCGGAGACGAAGCACAAAUUCCUCAUGGAAGCCAGGUCAGCCAGCAAUGGGGGUCUGACGGACCAAGGGGCGACGGUCCCACCCUGUCAGCUCAGGGGCUCAUCCCUCUGCUCCUUCCUGUUUCUAAGGAUCGUGAGGUGCUACAGCCACCCGAAUGUCGUCCGGAUUAUUGGCGUGUGUGCCCAGAAACAGCCUGUCUUCAUCAUCAUGGAGCUGGUGUCCGGUGGGGAUUUCUUAUCGUUCCUCCACUCCGAGGGGAGCCGCCUCUGGAUUCCAGACCUCAUCCGCUUUGCAGUUCAGGCAGCAGCGGGGAUGGCCUAUCUGGAGAGCAACAGUUGCAUCCACAGGGACCUAGCGGCCAGGAACUGCCUGGUGGGGGAAGGUAACGUGCUGAAGAUCAGCGACUUCGGCAUGUUGCGGCAGGAGGCCAACAGCGUCUACGCCUCCCAGGGAGGAAUGAAGCACAUUCCCAUCAAGUGGACGGCGCCGGAGGCUCUGAGAUACGGCCGGUACUCGACGGAGAGCGACGUCUGGAGCUACGGUGUCCUGCUGUGGGAGAUCUUCAGCCUGGGGGCCACCCCCUACCGCGGCAUGUCGAACCAGCAGGUGGUGAGCCAGGUGGAGCGAGGCAAGUAGUGCGAGCUGGUGUUUAUCACAGCCCAGGUCCUGAGCAAGGGGCGCAAGGCGGUGGGUGGCCACGUGCUUCAGGCUCAGGAGACCAGGUUCAGUUCCUGGCUCUGCUGCAAUACCUCUGUCCCGUACAUAGGGCUAGCUCCUGCCGUAGUCCCCAGCCCCCCACAGAGCUACUGGCCCCCGUGCUGUGUGUGUCCAGCCUCUCUUGCCUUGGCAGGUUUCCGCAUGCGAGCUCCUAAGCGCUGCCCGGUGGAAGUUUACGACGUGAUGCUGAGGUGCUGGGAAGCCAGUCCCAGCCUGCGCCCCAAGUUCAGCGCCAUCCAGCAGGAGAUGACGCAGCUCGGCUGGAACUCUGAGUGACCACGGGCCUCCACUUCCCCUUUGUAAUAUGUAUCCACCCUCCCCCCGAAAUAAUCUAUAUAAAGCCUCUCAAUACCUUUGCUCAGGCCUUCCCUCCUGGCCCUUCAACCUCUAUACUUGGAACUUGGUUCCUAGAAGGGCUGGUGGUUUGAGCCCUCUUUAAAUAUUUCCGUUACAUGCCGCCGUUAACCAAUCAGAGCUCCUCUGCCAAACGAUUGGCUGCGGCGAAGGUUAAAAUGAUUCCCCCGUGAGCUGGUUGGACAGGGUAGGCACCCACUCUGUUCCCCAGUUGGCUCAUCAGGGAGGAACAUUGGUGAUUUUUCUUGCCCUGAACUUCAGAUGUUGUCUCCACUUCUGAAGGAGAGUUUAAACCCACAAGGGCUGAGCAAUUCGGGCAAGCGGCACAUAGGUGGAGACGCUCCGAAUGCAGGGAACAAUUCGACAGCAGUUGGGCCAGUGCAGGCCCGGGCGCUGCUUCGUUGUCUUCCAUGAAGUCCUGGUCACUGAUGCUUUGGUCUGGGUUUGGCCUGUGGACUUAACAGUUCUGUGAAAAUCGGACUCCAGCAUAGGUUCACCUUCAUGAAUGAGGCCCCGCCCCUACUCCCGAGGCCUGGACCUUGCUCCGCCCCCUCCCCGGAGGCUCCGCCUUCACGCUGUCUCUUCCUGCCCCGGCUCUAACCCCUCCCCUGAGAUCUCCACCUGCUGCUUGCUGCUCUCCACCCUUCCCCGGCGUGCCUUCCCCAGCCUCCAAACAGCUGUGACCCGUGGUUGAUGAGCACCUGCUAUUUUCCCCUGUGGGUGCUUGAGUCCCGGAGCCCCCAUGGAGUUCAUGCCUAUGGAUCCAAGGGCUGUCUAGCUAAGUGUCUGGUCUGUGGCCUUGGCCAGCCCCAGCCGCUUCAGAGAAAAGUGCAAGAACCCUGCCAUAGGAAUAACCUUCUCCUGCAGAAAUCUCCCAUGGUAGUUAGAGGCUGGUUUAUGCACUGACACAGAAAGGUUUAUAGCCCUUCCAAUCUCUUGAUGUUUAGCAUGAGCUAUAAUACCUCUGUAUGGUCUUAUUAGCUGUAUAAAUCACAGAAAUGCAGGGCUGGAAGCAAUCUCCAGAGGUCAGCGAGUCCAUCCCGAUACUCUGUGGCAGGAUUAAAUAUACCUAGACCAUCUAGCUUCCUCUUUGGAAUCCUGCAAACUACUUGACCUCAACGAUCUGUUGUGGCAAUGAGUUCCUCAGGCUUAACAGUGCGAUAUAUGAAAAAAAACACACAGCUUCGUAUCAGUUUUUGAAUCUUAUCAGGAACACCUGAUCCAAAUCCUUCCCCCCACCUCCAACAAUAUUGGGAACAUUUGGCUCUGAACGGGCUAAUUUCUAGUCAAGAUCCACCUUCUUGUCUGGCAAAGGAUAAGAGGCUGGGUGAUUGUAGAAUCAUAGAAAUGUAGUGCUGGAAGAAACCUCGAGAGAUCAUCUUGUCCUGCCCCAUGCACCGAGACAGGACCAAGUAAACCUAGCCCUAGAUCAUCCCUGACAGGUGUUCAUCCCACCUCCAAGGAUGGGGUUUCCACCACCUCUCUAGAUAAUCUACUUAGGUCUCGCUGGUCCUCAUUAGAGGUUGUUUGUAAGGGGAAAACACUGGGAAUAAACGAAGCGUGCAAUGCGGUGACCAGAGUCAGCGAGGGAGUAAUGUGGAGGAUGAGUGUUUAAAGCUCCAGAUAUGUGAUAGUUAAAUAGAAAGAGGAAAUUAAAAAUCCUUGUGCAGUCAAGCAAAAGCAGAACAAUUAGAAAAACAUGCACAGUCCAAAUGACACUCAUCACAGGCCAUGAUGUGCAGCUGGUUGUGUUUGGCCAGGCGGGAGCGAGAUAAGGCCCUGGCUGUUGUUUUUUUUGGCCCAUUGAGCAAGUGUGUUAAUUUACACCUGAUUUAGUGUGCUUUGUAAAUGCUAAUGGCUCAGGGCACAGGCUUGCCAGAGUUUAUCUCACAAGCGGUAGCACUGAAGGGAAAGCCAAUCUCUUGAUGCCCUGUUGUGGGAUUUCCUGACCCCCCCCCCCCCCGAGUCAUGCCCUCCAGAGACAGAGCCCCGAGGAUGGGAGCAGCAUCUCUCCAUAUCCAGGCCUGUCUCCUAACCACCAGGCGUGCUGGCUGUGUGUUGCCCUCAGAAGGCCUGAGCCUGGAAGCGGCGCAUGACCGAUAAUUCCCUGAUGUGUCAUCCUCCAUCUAACCUGUUAUGAUAAAGGGGUCAGAGCAGCCGAUCUGCUCAGGGCCGGUGGUCCUGGAGCCCUCGCCCUGUUUCUGGCUGAUGUCUGUGCUGAUGGGGGUGCCCUGCCUCCUGGAUAUUUUUUUUCAUUCAGUUUAAUGAGCUCUGAUCGCUGCAGAGAGGCAGAAUCCCAGGCUAGAAGGCAGGCGCUGGGCUGCCUGGCCUAGUGGACCGAGCACUGGACUGGGACAGAGGACACAUGCCUGUGGCAACCACUUCCUUUCCCCAGGCCUCUGUCCCUCCCCGCCCUUUGUCUCGAGCCCCAUGUGACAGGUGCCGAUCAGUUGAUGCCUGGCUGGAACAUGCCCAGAUCCCAUAGUGAUGGGCAUGGUGAAAGGCUGAUAAAGUUGGCGGGAGUUGGCCGGUCGCUGCACUGCCGUGGCUAGAAGGUGCAGUUUGAGAUGGUCACCCUGUGCGCAGGCAUCUCUAGCAGCAGAGGGGCCAGGUAGUGUUAGGCCUGGGUGUGACCUCCCCUGGUUUGUCACUUUUCCUCCUACCCCACCCAGAAAGAGCAAAGCCAGUGGGAAUCCUGCAGCUGUCCCGGCACCAUUUGCUCAUCGGCAGGCCCUGCUGGGCCCUGCAAAUAGCCUGAAGCGAGACCCUUCUGCAGGCCAAUGUCCUCUGGCUCUGUGGAGAAGUUGCACUGGACUCCACUGCUGUGGGUCCCUGCACUCGUCCCCACCUUCUCCUUCUGGGCCUUCUAGCUUCUCAACAGCUCAUGAGUCACUUGUCUGCCACCCCAACCAGCCAUGGCUUGAAUGGAGAGUGGCUCCUCUAUCCCUGGCGAUUGGGGAGAGCCUAUGGCCCUAGAAGGCCCUGCGUUCCCCAUGCACCACCAUUAAACCCCAGCGCUCCUGUCCUGCAUCCUCUGCUCCUGGCUGCACAUCUCGCUGGGCUUCCAGCGUGGGGCAGAGAGAAAUACAUCUCCCAGCCCCUAUGGCCUCCACCCUCCAGCUGUUCUGCAGCGUCUCUAGUUCGCCCACCCCUUCGCUCCCCCAGCUGUUCUGCAGCGUUGCCCGCCCAAGAUUUUGCACAUUAUCCAUCUUACCCACCUAAGCUCGGGGCUGUAGCAACCCCCCGCAAGGAGAACCUCAGGAGACUCUGACCCCCAGAGAGUGGGCAUCAACCUGGCCCCUUCUGCAUCACCACAGACACUCAGGCAGCCCGUGGGAUGAUGCACCCGCCUCCCGUUUCCCCAUCCAGCGACUUUAAUUAAGACACAGCCGAGGCACUGGCUGUAGGCAGCUCUGCCAUGAAACCCUGGCACACUCUCCAGGGUGAGAGGCCGCCUGCACUCCUGCCAGUGGAACAAUAAUCACCCCCACAGACAGGCUCCUCUUAUCUCACAGCGGUGUUGAUCUAAGGCCCUUGUGAAUGAGGAACAGCUGAUCCUGGGAGCGAAGGCUGCAGACGGUGCUAGAUUGAACGUCCUAUUGAUGGCCCUUUGAUAAACACCCUACUAGACUGAGCCUCCUGGGCACAGGUUCGAAUCCAGUUUCGCCAGAGGCCCCACUUACACCAGCGCUGAGCUCUAAGCAUGGAUGUGAGCGAGCCAGCUGGGCUCCAAGCCCCUGCUUGUUAGAGGGGAGCUAUUGCCCAAGGCUCUUUCCAUCCUCUUGAUUGAUUUGGUUUAAGGGUCAGCCGUGAGUUGGCUUUAGCCGAGCCAGCUCCUCCAGGGAAAGCGAGGCUGUGGCAAAGGAAAAGCACUGCCGUCUGGAAAGGGUUAAUGGGUCCCACUGCUGCCCGGGCUGGAGUACGAAAGGAAGGGGCAGCUGGGUGGAAGCGGGCUAGCGGGGAAGAUGUGGCUCUUCCCUUUCUGGCUGGUUAAAGCCCCAGGAAAUUACGCUCCAGCACUUCACCGUUGGUUUGCAGUGUUGCUGGCUCUCGUGACGUGUGGUGCGAAGCUUGAAGCUCCAGCUCCUGGAGUCCCAUGACUAGGGAAGAAUUUCAUCUUAAACACCGCCCUUGAGACCCCAACGCCUGGCACUUUUAUUUCAUCUGGCAGCAUGCCAGCAGCUGUGUCUCUGCAGAACACCAGGAUGGCUGACGGCCUCAACGGGGAGGCCAGCGACUGCACGGGGCAUGGCGUGUGAGUGCCCCACCUCCAGGGCAGGGCUGAGCCCCGCUGGCUGAGCAGCAGCAUGGAGGUGGGGAGGAGGAGCUAUCGCUGCUGUCAGCCAUGUACGGAGCUGGGGGGGAAGGGUCUGAGCAUCAGCCUGGGAGCCAGGAAUCCAGGGUCCCACAAGAAGUUGUUGGCUGAGCUGGGAAGUGAACCCACAUCUCCAGGCCAAGGCCAAGAUCGUCCUUCCUCCUUGAAGGGCUGUCUCUAGUUCUCCUGAUGUGAAGAGAAUGGUCUAGUGGUUAGAGCAGGGCGGGGCUGAGAGUCAGGCCUCGUGAGCUCAAUGCCUCUCUGCCACAGCGUUCCUGCCCUGCUCCGUGCCUCAGUUUCCCCACCCAUAAAAUGGAUAUAAUAACCUACCUCCUAAGGGUGGUGUGAGGCUAAACUCACUAAUGCCAUCCAGAGAGCCUGUGAUGCUGUGGAAGGGCAGAGCAUUGUGGGUAGCAAGCAGGGGUGAAAGUAAGUCUAGGGAC